AUGCCUGGGCCAGCGAUAUAUAUUGUCGCCGUUAUUGGGACAGUUGCUGCGGCCUAUGCUUUCAAGGAGUUUGUGUUUGAACCUCAUCUUCGUCCGAAGAUGGAUGCCUGGAUGGAGACUAUGGAGGCUCGUCUCAGGGAACGACGGAACAGGGGCCGACAGCCCAUUGCUGUGCCGCUGACUAGUAGUUCGCGGUCGUCGUCGUCGUCUUCAGGAAAUGGUGAGGGUCAAGCGAAGAGUACGAGGAGGCGUCGAAAGUCCUCAUUGGACUCAGAAUAUUCGACUUCCCCGAUUGAGCUUGAGAAAUUGGCUGCCAGGGAGAUGGACGAGUGGAGGAGUGGGGCCGACAUCGGUGGG